CUUACAACUACAGCGGCGCUGAAGAUAUACUUUCCUCUUUUUUCAUGGUCAAUUUUUUAAGCUGCGGUUCCUGGUCUCGGCCGGUAUCGUAAUCCCAGCCCUUUGCUUUCCAUGAUAGUGCUGUCUUGGAAAGCAUAAGGUCGAAGCUUGUUCAACAGUACGCUUAGUUAGUGUGGCACACCAUGCACGCCUUAAAGGACCAAGGCCCGGCGCGGCUGCUGUUGGCAAUUGUGUCGCGGCGACAAACCCUUCCUGCGAUUGUCCAUUCACGUUCAUACAAGUCCAUUCCGGACGAUUUGCGCCCAGCGUUCGGCUACUGUGUGCAGCAGGUCAGGGAGUACGACUACCUGAACUACAUCUGGGUAGCGCAGAUGCCCAAGGACCUGCGUCCCGCCCUGUUCGCCCUGCGCGCCCUCAACGUGGAGACCGCGCUGGUGGCUGAGCACGUGCGCAGCCGGGAGUCGGUGGCGGCGCAGCUGCGCUUCCAGUGGUGGCGGGAGGCGGUGCGGGCGGCGUACGAGGGGCGGCCGCCCAACCACCCAGUGGCCGCCGCGCUGUCGCACGUGCUGCACAGCCCGCCGCCCGCACCCCUGGCUGGUGCUGGUGGUGCUGCCAAGGAGAAGGGCGGCGAUAACAAUGGCAACAGCAGCAGCAGCGGCACUGAUGCAGGGCCCUCGUGCUCCAGCAGCUGCAGUAGCAGAGGCUGUGCGGGCAGCAGCACCGGUAGCAGCAGUAGCGGAUACGACAACGGCACGGAGGGGGGCAGCAGCGCUAGUACUAGCCGGGCCGGGGCCAGCAGCAGGGCCGCGGGUGUCAGCAGCGGUCCCGCGCGCUUCAGCCGCUACGCCUUCAAGCGCAUCAUUGACAGUCGCGAGGCGGAUUGGGCUGACCCGCAGCCGCCUCUGGACCUGGGAGCGCUGGAGCAGUACGCGGAGGGGACCGCGUCGCAGCUGCUGUACCUGCAGCUUGCCGCAGCCGGCAUCAAGCACAGCGAGGCCGACCACGCCGCCUCCCAUCUGGGUCGCGCAGUGGGCAUCUCCACCCUGCUCCGCGGCACCGCAGCCCACGCAGCCGCGCGCCGCUGCUACCUCCCAGUCGACCUGUGUGCGGAGGCGCGCGUGUCGCAGGAGGACGUGUACGGCGGGGUGGUUUCGGAGGGUCUGCGGGAUGUCGUACACAAGGUGGCCAGCCUAGCCAAGGGGCACCUGGAUGAGGCGCGGCGGCUGGCGCCCAGGCUGCCGCCGGGGGCCGCGGGGCUGAUGCUGCCGGCUGUGGCGACGGGGCGCUACCUGGAGGCGCUGGAGGCGGCCAACUUUGAUCCGUACGACGCGCGGCUGCUGCGGGAGCACGGCGGCGGCAGCGGCGGUGCGCCCCUGCCGUACGUGUUGGCGGUGAAGUGGCACCAGAUGCGGGGCACGUACUAGGAGUGGGGCGCGUACUACCGGGUAGAAGAGAGGGAGUUGAGGAAAGGGAAGGAAUACAAUGCCGGGGAUGAGAACGGCGCGGAGGAGAGAGAAGGCAGAGGCAGGAUAUGCGGCAGGGCGGCUGGCGGAUGUGAGGAUGUGAGGAUGAGGCGAUACCGGUACCUGUAGUGUCGCCGCCGCUUAAGUUGCAGGGCCUUGGGGUUAAGGCAUAGAUUGGUAGAUAGGGCCAUUUAUAACAUGUAGGUGUGGUGUAGAAGACAAGGAGGAGAGGCCGAUGGGCGCCGGUGUGCAGCAGGCGGGGGUGGCAUGUGAGGAAGCGCAGGAUUGCUACCUGGUGCGGAGGCAUGACUGGUGGUAGGGAGAAGCCUGCAGCCCCUGAAUGUGAAUAUGCGUGCGGAGGGGCAGCCAUGCGUGUGUAGGUGGCGGUGGCGGCCUCUUAACUCGUAGCCAUUAUGCAGCAGCUUUUGUGUGGCUUUCAUGCAUGCGGCCUCUAGCGGCCUGAGGAGGAUUCUGUACAGGUGAACGGGUGGCUUAACGUUUGUUAGUUGUGACGAAGAGCUGUGCAGUUUGUGUUCGGCUGGGCCGGGAGUUGUGGGAACGCAGGCGUCGUGCAAACCCGUGCCGGCAAUCCCACUCUGAAGUUCCCGUUAUGGUCGCUACUGGUUGCGAACGUCAUGCAAGCCACUGCUUGUCGAGGUCACAGCAGGGCGAUCCUGUUGGUAUGAGAGGCAUAGUACGGCAACCCGCUUUUUUGUAAUGUCCCAUACCUUUGCGACACGAGCCAAACUGCACACCUAUGGUACGUUGUGAGGCAAACAGCUUCUGGGCAUACUCUUGUGGAUUCGGACACGAUGACGUCUUCAAAGAAAUGGGUCCCAUUAGAGAGCAACCCCGAGGUCUUGAACGAGUUCGUCACAAAGCUAGGGCUUGACGUGUCCAAAUACUCCUUUUCGGACGUUUUUGGUUUAGAUGAGGAGCUACUAGCAAUGGUUCCGCAGCCUGUCAUUGCGGUUAUCAUGUGUUACCCUGUCACGCAAGAGAGCGACGCGCUGGCGAAGAAAGAGGAUGAGGAGGAAGCUACAAAGGGCGCUGUGGUGGACCCAGACUUGUUCUACAUGAAGCAGACUGUGGGAAACGCCUGUGGCACCAUCGCCAUCCUGCACUCCAUUGGAAACAACCAGAGCACCCUCAAACCCGCUGAGGGCAGCUUCCUGCAGCAGUUCUUCUCCGCCACUGCCGGCAUGUCGGCAACGGAGGCGGGCCGGUUCCUGGAGGAGCCGCCGGAGGGGGCGCCGAACAUAGAGGAGGCACACCAGGCGGCUGCUGCCGGGGGCGCCACGGCCCCCCCCUCCGCGGAUGAGGACGUGGACCUGCACUUCGUGGCGCUGGUGCACCGCAACGGCAAGCUAUGGGAGCUGGACGGGCGGCGCGGUGGCCCCGUGUGCCGCGGGGACACCAGCGAGGCCGGCCUGCUGCGGGAUGCGGCGCGGGUGGUGCAGGAGUUCGUGAGCAGGAGCAACAGCAUCAGCUUCAAUGUGCUAGCGCUCACCGCCACACCUGCGGAGGAGGCCUAGGUGGCCUAGGCGGCCCGGGCUGGGUGGCUGGGUGGGUGGCUGGUUGAAAUGUUGUGCUAGUAUAGUGGUGGUUUGGUGGGAAAAGAAGGAUAUCCAAUGUGUGGGUGGGUGGGUGGGGUUAAGGCAGCGCUGUGGGUUGAUGGAGGUUGCAGUGGCGUGGGCCGCGAGCGGUACGUCAGGAGGGAGCACACGUGCUAGGAGGCAUGCGUGGCGACACAUGAGCUCCGUGGGCAGCAGCAGCAGCAGUAGCAGCAGCAGCUUGGUGCGCUGUAACACGGCAAGGGGCGCUGCCUGAGAGAAUUUGGGACGAGCGCAAUUGUACUGUGCGCUGUACUGUGUGUUUGUUUGAGGUACCCGUCGGGGGUGGCAGUGUAAGGAAAGCAAGAGUGCGUGAUUGCUUCAGUUGCGAGGGGGAGCAGGCGAUCGCCUACAAGUCUUUUACUACCAAUCUACAGCUGCUUAACGGAACUGAUUGGAAAUAUGUUUGCGUUUGAGAGGGCGGGCCGCAGCCUGUGACGGCUGCGGGGUACCUGUAGGUGGUGGCGCAGGAUGUGGCGGCAAUUGUCAGUGCUGGUAGUGGCCAUAGCUGGUAUUGGCUGUGUGCAGGGUGGCGCUUACGACUGCUUUGGGAAGGGUGGUUGCUGUUGUUGCUGCAGGAGCGGCUGCGAGGCCUGGGCUGGUUGGGAGGCCGCUUGUUGGCUAGUUGGGGACGUGCCCCUGCAAGGGGAAAAGACACACACAACAGCAUCCGUGUAAUGUUACAAAGGGGUCUUCAUGCGUGCAUAAUGUAACAGCCACUUCUGUUCUUCAAAGCAAAACAAGUCAUGACCCUAUAAGACAACCCAGGACACAAUCACCGAAAACUCGACCCGUCAACAGCCCCUAUAACCCCCGGUCAGAAACCCCGGGGGUUAGGGUCAGGCCAUGAAAC